UGAGGCCCCGGGAGGCUCGCGAGCCAUUGGCUGAGCUGGGCGGAUCUGGUCGCGCUCCUCCCCGCCCCCAGUGACACAAUAGCAGCUCCCUCCAAGAUGGCGGCGGCGACGGCGGACCCGGGAGCUGGGAGCCCUCAGGCAGGAGACUCCUCUGGCGGGGGCGCUGCGGGUGGGCUGCCAUCCCCCGGGGAGCAGGAGCUGAGCCGGCGCCUGCAGCGCCUGUACCCCGCGGUCAACCAGCACGAGACGCCUCUGCCGCGCUCCUGGAGCCCCAAGGACAAGUACAACUACAUCGGCCUCUCCCAGGGCAACCUCCGCGUCCACUACAAAGGUCAUGGCAAAAAUCACAAAGAUGCAGCUUCAGUGCGUGCCACCCAUCCCAUACCUGCUGCCUGUGGUAUUUAUUACUUUGAAGUAAAGAUUGUCAGCAAAGGAAGAGAUGGGUACAUGGGAAUAGGACUCUCAGCUCAAGGAGUCAACAUGAACAGACUUCCUGGUUGGGACAAACAUUCCUAUGGUUACCAUGGCGAUGAUGGGCAUUCCUUCUGCUCCUCGGGAACUGGCCAGCCCUAUGGUCCCACAUUCACCACAGGAGAUGUAAUCGGCUGCUGUGUUAAUCUCAUCAAUGGCACGUGCUUCUACACUAAGAAUGGCCACAGUCUUGGCAUAGCCUUCACAGACCUCCCGGCCAACCUCUACCCUACUGUAGGCUUGCAGACACCUGGGGAGAUUGUGGAUGCCAACUUUGGGCAGCAGCCCUUCCUGUUCGACAUCGAGGACUACAUGCGGGAAUGGCGUGCCAAGGUCCAGGGCACUGUCCAUGGCUUCCCCAUCAGUGCCCGGCUUGGCGAGUGGCAGGCGGUGCUGCAGAACAUGGUCUCGUCUUACCUGGUGCAUCAUGGGUAUUGUGCCACUGCCACGGCUUUUGCCCGAAUGACUGAAACCCCGAUUCAGGAAGAACAGGCAUCCAUAAAGAACAGACAAAAGAUCCAGAAGCUGGUGCUGGAGGGCCGGGUGGGUGAGGCCAUUGAGACCACCCAACGCUUCUACCCUGGGCUAUUGGAACACAACCCCAACCUGCUCUUCAUGCUCAAGUGUCGACAGUUUGUGGAGAUGGUGAAUGGCACCGACAGUGAGGUCCGAAGCUUGAGCUCCCGAAGCCCCAAGUCCCAGGACAGCUACCCUGGCUCCCCAAGCCUCAGCCCCCGACAUGGCCCCAGUAGUUCCCACAUGCACAACACAGACAGUCCCAGCUGCAGCAAUGGCAUCGCAUCCACCAAGAGCAAACAGAACCACAGUAAAUACCCUGCACCCAGCUCCUCCUCCUCCUCCUCGUCCUCCUCGUCCUCCUCCUCCCCGUCCUCCAUCAAUUACUCCGAGUCCAACUCAACAGACUCCACCAAGUCCCAGCCCCACAGCAGUACCAGUAACCAGGAGACCAGUGAUAGUGAAAUGGAAAUGGAGGCAGAGCAUUACCCCAAUGGCGUGCUGGAAAGCAUGUCCACACGCAUCGUCAAUGGCGCCUACAAGCAUGAGGACCUGCAGACGGAUGAGUCCAGUAUGGAUGAUGGGCAUUCGAGGCGGCAGCUCUGCGGGGGCAACCAGGCUGCCACAGAAAGGAUUAUCCUGUUUGGCCGGGAGUUGCAAGCACUGAGUGAACAACUGGGCCGGGAGUACGGCAAGAAUUUGGCUCAUACAGAGAUGUUGCAGGAUGCCUUCAGCUUACUCGCUUACUCAGACCCCUGGAGCUGCCCUGUUGGCCAGCAGCUUGAUCCCAUCCAGAGGGAACCUGUGUGUGCUGCACUCAACAGCGCCAUUUUAGAGUCUCAGAACCUGCCAAAGCAGCCCCCACUGAUGCUUGCUCUGGGCCAGGCAUCUGAAUGUCUACGGCUCAUGGCCCGAGCGGGCCUGGGAUCUUGCUCCUUUGCCAGAGUUGACGACUACUUGCACUAGCUGACCAUGCUGGCUGGCCCUGCUGGCUGGCCCCGCCUGGCCCUCCUUCAGCCUCAGGGCUGGAGCAGCCCUGCCCUCCAUAGGCACCUGGUGCAGGGACCUAGAAGCCAUGGGCAGAGUCUACUCCUUCUGCCUGGCCUUUCUCUCUCUCCCUUUCCUUCCUCCUUUCCUCCUGGCCUCUGUUCCUUCUUUCCCUUCUUUCUUUCUCUCUCUCUCUAUCCCUCUCUCUGCCCCAGUCUCUCUCCUCUUCACGUGCAGCGGCCUAUGACACAGUAUUUGGCUGAUUACUCUCAUGUAGCGCCUUCUCCUUUAAAGRGGGUUUUGUUUUGAGGAGGGCUUGGGGUUUUUUAAUCUUUUUUUCCUCCUGACUGAGCCACCAGUGUUUAUCUUGGGAGAGUUUGUGCUGAGCUGGUUUCUGCUAAUUUAGUGAUGAAGCCUAUCCAGGUUGGUGAUAGCUGAUUAUUUUCAUAAGUAAAAAAAAAAAAAUGAGAUUAUAUAUAUAUAUAUAUAUAUAUAUAUAAAUAUAUAUAUUAAAAAAAAAAAAGACACAGUAUUUAUCGUAGCAUUAGUGGUCCAGCACCUCUUGGGUGAGGCUGUCCAGACACCAUGUGUUUUUAUUUGAAUCCAACUCAUUAAAAAAGAAUCAUCUCUGUCACCUCAGCCAAGUGAUUUGUUUAUUUUAGGCUCCCCCUUUGUUGAGCCACAGGCCCAGCUGCCACCCAGGGAAGCUGAAUAGGCUUUGAGGAGCUACUUGGUAGGCAGGGUCAGGCUAAGCUGGUUUGCAGCAUCCCCAGAGGUGUGGGUCUUUAGGCCCCUGUGACCUGAACUGAGCAGAGAACUGCAGGGCUAGGAGUCCAGAGACAUGAACAUGAGUUAGCCCAGGGCCACACAGCAAAGCAAGGAAGCAGAGGGUCCUUGGCCAGCACACUGUCUACCACUGUACCCUGCCUCUCACUGCCUGCCUUGCCCCUCUCCCUCUCUCAAUGCCCUGCCUUCCCUUUUUGUUAAGAUGGCCAAAUAAUUCAUUUACUCUCAAUUGAUUGCCUGGAAACUACCUGCCUUCAAGCUGCUGUGCAUCACGCUGCCAGGAGGAAGACUCCAUUCCCAGGACAGAGGCCCCUGAGGACAGGGGCUGCUUUCUUCCUGCCUGGGUCUUCACCAUUACUGCACAGCUCUGAUGGGAUUGAUGUUUUCUGUGGAGAAGCCAGUGCCUCAUGGAGGCAGAUUCUUUGGCUGCUGGUCCCUGGAGUAGAUGGAACCUUUCACCCCCUGGACCAGGCUUCACUGCAGCUGUGCCAGGCCGCUUCCUGUAGCUUGGCCCCAGCCAUUYUUAGGAAGAGAAAGGGACCCCAUGGGCUUUACAAAUGUCCCACCAGCUGUUUUCAGAUGAAUUCUCAUAGCUGGUGGAACAAAAAAAGUCUCACUGUCACAGGAAGGGCUGAGAUAGCUGCCAGGACUUGGGUGGAGCAUCUGAGGAGAGGACUGGCUGCCCAGUAGGAAAGGGAAGAGGCCUAUGCAAGAGGAGUACUGGAGGGCUAGGAGUUCUAUACCUGCUUCAGUGUGAGGGAGAGCCCAAGCAACCCCUGCAAAGAUUAGGGUAAGCCAUUGCAAAGCUAGAGUUGAAACUUCCAGUACCUGUCUGGGUUUGGGCUGGUGAACUCCUGCUUCAUGUUAUUGGACAUGGGAAUGGUUGGAAUGGCCAGAGAUUUUCCAUGCCCACUAGGCCUCAUCAGGCCCACAAUGGACAAGAAAUUGCAUUGGACCAGCUACUGGUGAGGGGCCAGGGCUCUGGCCCUGAUAUCUUUAGGAGUUUUACCUUAAGGGAUAAUUCUGUGGGCUACUUCUUUUUCUUGGUCCCUGCCAUGGCUCCAUCUGCCAGUCCACAAACAAGACCCAUCAUGAGGUAUUGUCCUGUUUGUAAAGGAAAUUAAUUCUAUGCAAGGCUAGGGAUACCAAGCUCCAGUGUCAGAGAUUGGAAACAUCAGACUGUUAAAGUGAUCAACCUAGCUGGAUUGGGAAUUAAAACCAGAGGCUUUUGCAGCUGCAAUGGAGUUCAGAGAUCAUCUCUACCAGUCCUUUUCUAUUUCAGAUAAGAAAACAGGCCAAGGAGAUUGACUUGGCCAAAGUCACACAGCAAAUUAGUGGCAGAGCCAGGACUAACCUUAUUCCUGUGGGUUGGACAGUACCAUUUAGUCCUGAAGCUGAAUGGUGGAUGAGCCCCAUGAAGGGUCAGGGUGGCAUGGCUUCCAGCAGUGGCUGAGCAGAAGGUACCUUCAGGGGUGUGUCAGGGAUGGGGAUGAGUGCCUGGACUUCGGUUGUGGAGCGGCUGAGAGAGGGCCCAGGAGGGCUCAGGAUACCUGUGCGCUGCAUAUGGGGAUGGGUGUCUGCCGGGCUCACGCUCAGUACCUAUGGCCACCUCCCCAUUUUCUGUGCCUUAUCUCACUGUUUCAGCUGAGUCCAAGUUGUUUACUGUUUCUCUCCAGAGGGGCUCUCUGUCCCAGUUGGACAGCUCACCUUUGGGACAAGCCUUUGCCCCAUAAGCUGUGGAGAGGGCCAAAACCAAGCUGCUUAAAUAGGCUGCCUUGCUGAUAGUCCAAGCUCACCUGCAGCUGGAGGAGCCCCUUAUGCGAAUUCAGCCCUGCCAGCCUGCUUCCAGGAGCYUCAAGUGGGGAAGGUACCUGGGAACAGCCCUGGUGAAGGUCUGGGUCUAACUUAUGGGGCAGACAGAAGACCUGGCUCUGUUGGGUUGUCCAGCCCUGGGGGAGCAGCCUUCCCCAGUCACCUUCYCCUUGUGGCACCAGAUAAUUGCUCCUUUUAGAGCAGAAAACUGGCAGGCCACUCAAAGCCAGAACCCCCUAUUCCCAUCCAUGUGGAUCUGUGGCUGGGUGCAGRCCAUCAGAACAGGGACACCACAAAACAAAGAAGUGGGGACUACCUGGCCACUCAGCGCCUUCCCAGCCCUUAAGCAAGCACAAAGAAGAUGAGGCAGAGGACUGUCGGAGCUAAAAGUUCCUUUGGUUGCUCACAACUCAGGUAUGCAUGCCAUGUGGCAGCUGGAAAGCAGAGCCCUACUUGACCGCCAGUCCUGGGCACCUGGACCUGCGGCCAGAUGGUGGCUUCUGGCUGCUCAAGUGCCCACCUCUUCGCAUAGGGUUUUCCUACAUUAGUAACUACAGCUGAAACAGACAUACUCCACAUUGUGCACACUGGUUCUGCCUUUGUCCUCGCAAGUUGAUACUUGGCAUUAGCAUGAAACUUGUGGGCAUGGGAGGGUUGGGAGAAUUCUAACACAAAACAUCCUAUUAAAAUUGUACUUGAGAGAUGAAAAAAACUCUUGUUGUAUUUUGACAGAAUUAUU